GAGAGAGAAAGGGAGGGAGAGGGGGGGUAGAGAGAUAGAGCUUUAAGAGAGAUAAAAGGGAAGCUGAAGCUCUGAAAUACUCUGCUCGCCCAAACCUCCCUCACCUCCCCUCUGAUUUGCAGAGAGAAUCCAAAGGAAAAAACAUCCAGCCUAUAGAAAUUACUCGCAACACAAGAACGCGAAGAACAGAAACAGCAACAGCAUACGAAAGAGUUUUUAUUUUUUCUUUAAAUUUUUUUUUUUCAAUUUCCUGCUCAAAAAAAAGAAAAAAGAAAAAAAAAGGAGAAAAAUCCCAUCAAUUUCCUCUUAUCCAAUCAGUAAGUCCCCUCCCGCCUUAUUAUUUUCCCUCUCUUUCCCUUUCACUUCUUUCCUUUUCUGCCAGUUAAUCUAUCCCUGUAAUCAGAUCUAACUCUGAUUUCUUCUUCGUCUCGAAUCUCAAUUCCGAGAUCUGGUGUUUUUGUUUUUGACUUCACCUUUCGAGUCAGUUCAUCUCAAGUUUUUAGGUUGACUUCUGUAUCUGGACCGUAUUUUGCAGCACCUGGAUUUUUGUUUAACGCAUCUGGAUCAAAUUGGGUGUCCGAAAAUCGUGUCUCGUUGAGUUCGCCAUCGUCAUGUUGGAGAACCGGUCCGGUGAGUCCUGUUUGGUUUCUAGAGCCUUCGCGAGGUCUUGCCAGCCGGAAACCCAGUGGUCGUCGUUCAUGAGGAGUUUCAUUCCGAAUACCAAGCGCCCGCUGGAAUUAGAUGAAUCCCAUGAUUGUCGACAAACCAAAGCACCCAAGCUGGCGGAUUCCAGCGAAAGCCCGCAGGAUUCGGUUGAGCAAGCUUUUGGCGAUGAUAAGCAGCUCAUGGAUUCCGACGGGGGCUCCGCGGAUUCCGUUGAGCAAUCAGAUGCGGAACGUGGGGAUGAUGGGCUCCCUCAUUUUCCGCAGGAUUCCAGUGAGCAUUCCGAGGUAAUUGAGAGUGAAUCAGAUAACUCUUUCCAAAGUAAGUACUCGGAGCUUCUGGAUUCUGUUGAAAACUUGAUGGAACGCCGUGAACAAUAUCAAGAUGAUGGUAAUGAGCUUUUGGGUUCUGAUGGGUCACUGCCAGAAUCCCAUGAGCAGCCGAGCUAUGUUUCUGGUGUUGAUGAUAAUCAGAUCCCGGAUUCUCCCCGGGAGCCCAAUAAACCAUUGGAUGGUGGCGACAGCCAGCGUCAAGGUGGUGAUUCCGCCUCAGAUUUGGAUUCUCUUAUCCAACCCAUUGGCCGAGACAACUCCAUCACUUGUCUUCUUAGGUGCUCCAGGUCUGAUUAUGGUUCCAUUGCAUCUCUAAAUCGGAGUUUUCGCAACUUAAUUAGGAGCGGAGAUAUCUAUAAGCUUCGGAGGAAGAAUGGUGUGAUUGAGCACUGGGUCUAUUUUUCUUGUAACCUCCUUCAGUGGGAGGCGUUUGAUCCAAUUGGCCAUCGGUGGAUGCGUCUGCCCCAGAUGCCUCAUAAUGACUGCUUCACUUUUGCAGAUAAGGAAUCCCUGGCUGUGGGCACGGAGUUGCUUGUUUUCGGGAUAGCCCAGGUCAUAUAUAGGUACAGUUUACUGACUAAUUCCUGGUCUACAGGGCCGAGGAUGAAUGUUCCGAGGUGUUUGUUUGGGUCUGCUAGUCUUGGUGAAAUUGCAAUUCUAGCAGGUGGUUCUGAUUCUCAGGGAAAUGUCCUGAGCUGUGCAGAAAUGUACAAUUCCGAGACUCAAGAAUGGGAGACUCUCCCUCCUAUGAAAAAACCAAGGAAGAUGUGUUCUGGGGUGUUCAUGGACGGAAAGUUCUAUGUCAUUGGGGGCAUUGGAGGGAGUGAUUCAAGGGUUCUCACUUGUGGCGAGGAGUAUGAUUUAGAGAGGAAAACGUGGACUGAAAUACCUAAUAUGUCUCCUGGUGAAGCUAGGGAGGGUGACAUGCCUUCGGCAGCCGGAGCACCACCUUUGGUUGCGGUAGUGAAUGAUGAACUCUAUGCAGCUGAUUAUGCCGGCAUGGAGGUCAAGAAGUAUGACAAGGAGAACAGAUCUUGGUUUACAGUGGGAAGUUUACCUGAAAGAGCAGCUUCGAUGAAUGGUUGGGGUCUUGCUUUCAGGGCAUGUGGAGAUCGACUGAUUGUGAUUGGUGGACCUAGAACAACGGGUGGAGGUUUUAUAGAACUCAAUUCUUGGGUUCCUCGUGAAGGCCCUCCCCAAUGGAUUUUGCUAGAUAGAAAGGAAUCGGGUAAUUUUGUGUAUAAUUGUGCUGUGAUGGGAUGCUGAUGGAGAUGGAUUUUGGUGGCGCCAUGUGCUGUGGAAUGGUAAUUUCCACCAUUGGGAUAUACAAGAUUGUUUCCUCCUUCAACUAAGGAUUCAUGCUAAUGGGUAAUUUCGUCUUCUUUUUCAGAUCUUUUCCCUUUUGGAUUGGGGAGGAUGAUGAAGAGUUUCAGAUUUUACUCAAGAUUCAACAGAAUGUUUUAUUGAAAGGUCUUGAGUUUUCUUUCUUUUUUCAAACUUUUACAUUCAAAUUAUCUUCACUUGAAAUUUGUCUCUUCCCCACCUAAAGAACUUUCAGAGGUUGGUGUCAUGUAGCACAGGAAUAGGUUUAAUAAUUUGAAGUACCAACACAUGGUAGGUUGCCAUUAGAGUUUGUUGAAGCUUCUUUUAGAACACAGAACUAGUCACAUGGGUUUCUUGAUCCUUUAAUUUUCUUUGCGUUGUCUUUAAAGGAGGAAAUAAGUUCUGGAGGUUGUUUUCUUUGAUGUUGGCUAAUGUACUGAUAACAUUUAUCAUUACAAUUGAUGGGAAACAUAUUCCAGCAAUUUCUUGUGUACAGUCAUGGAAUUCUUCAUUGUUAAUGCUGAUUCAGAUUAUAAUUUUUUUUUUUUUUUUGCCAUUGUUUAUACAAUUCUUCAUUGUUUGUACUGAAUUUUUAAUUCUGCAUUCUCAGGCUACAUUGCUCUUAUGUAAUAAUUGCUGUUUUUCUUU